GCGCACGGCGGGGCCAUGGCGGCCGUGAUGGGACACGGGCUCGCCGAGGGCGGCGGCGGCGGCGGCCGCGGGUUCCUGGGCCCGCGGGUGCCCGCCGAGGUGGAGGCCAUGGCCCGGACCCUGCAGGACCUGGGCAAGGACACGUUCCGGAGGCUCCUCAAAGUCACCGUUAAUGCACUGGAAGGAAAAGACUGCAAGGAAUCUGUCAAGCUGAUUGCAGAAAGUGCUAAUCUCUCAGAAGAGCAACUUGCUUUCCUCAUUUCUGGCAUGUAUACCCUUCUCCGAGAGGCGUUGAGACUCCCCAUAUCAACCUUCAAACAAGAAGCUUUUAAGGAAGACCUGAAGGAGCUCAGGAUACCAGAAGAUUUCAUUGUGGACUUUUCCAGUGUAGUCUUUGGUAACAGGCGUCCCGCUUCCGAAGGCACAGCUCUGCUACAAAGAAGUAGGCUACCAGGUAUCCAGGACUUCAAGUGGAGAGUGGACGUAGCAAUAUCCACAAGCUCACUGGCCCGUGCACUUCAACCGUCCAUUCUGAUGAUGAUGAAGCUUUCAGAUGGGACAGCUCAUCGCUUUGAAGUGCCAGUUGCAAAGUUUCAAGAAUUGAGAUACAAUGUUGCCCUUAUACUGAAGGAAAUGAAUGAUUUGGAGAAGAGGAGCAUACUGAAGAUCCAAGACUGAACACUUUUAAUUGGGAGUUUGUGGAAGAGACCUGGAACCCUCAGCGUGUUUUGUGAAUGGUAGAGCAGGGGACCAUCACCACUUUGCCUGUAUGAACUUCAAUGUGACAUUUAUGAUGUCUGCUGUAAAUAUUUUUUUCAAUUCAAGUGUUUAAAAGCACAAGCUCUUUUUGUAAGACUUAGGAAAACCAAAAAAUGUAUCUCUGAAAAAGUAUAAUGCUGUUUGCGAGCAUUUUGCAUGAUUCAUCAAAACAUUUUUUUAAAUAACUGUCUUAAUAGAUGUAAGAGUCAUUUAUUUCUGAUUAUGAUUCAUCACUUUAAUUAUUUUUGAAAGUCUGCUACCGGAAGCCCCAGCAAUGUGUAUGUAUCACAAGAAAGCUCUGCAAUACUUCAAAUAAAAAAUAAAAUAACAAACCCA